CGUCCCAACGCGUUGUUUUGAUUUUGUUUCCCGUCGAAAUCGACCAUGUCACGGAAAGACGAAGAAUUUUACCGGUUCUUCAGCGUUACUGACAUACGCACGCACGAGAAAGGAUACACGGAGUACAAAGUGAUCGGAAGGUUUGUGCCCAAGCCUUGCCCCGAGGACGUGAAAGAGGUGGUCGUGUGGACGAGGUACUCCGAGCUGAAGAAGCUCCACGCCGAGCUGGCCAACACCCACAGGAACCUGUUCCGAAGAGAGGAGGAAUUCCCGGCGUUUCCGACAGCGCAACGCUUUGGCAGAGGAAGAUUUGAUGAGGCUGUGAUUGAGGAGAGGAGGAAGGCUGCGGAAGACAUGCUGGUCUUCUGUAUGGGCAUACCCGCACUCUACAAGAGCCCACACCUGAUUGACUUCUUCAGGGACGGAGAUGUCACGAGGCCGCAGGACCCCUCCCCCGACUCCGUCGCUCUACCUCCUCCUCUCAUCCCCCUCCCCAAGCGGAGAGCCUCGGACUGUGAGCCGGCAGAGGAGGAGGCCGGCAGGGAGGCCCCCACUUUGCCCCAGGACCUGGGCACCAAUCUACGGAUUGACAUGGGGAAGCCGGAAGUGGCGGCGGAGGCCUACAACGAGAUGAGGAAAGGGGGAGAAUGCGCCGAGAUGGACGACAGAGUCACGUCUGCAGCCAGAAGGUGCACAUCGCAAACGUCUCAAGAGGAGAUUGAGUCACUUCUUGACGUGGCGGCCGAAGUUUGCGCCUCACCACCAAAUGAGGAUGUCUGGCCCGUGCUUUCUGACAAUGACCUGGAAGUGUUUGAUCCUUGCUAUAAACGAGACAGAUGCAAAUCCCGCAACGACCAUUCCGAGUUGUUUUCGUUGCCGAUAGGCAAUCCGGUAAACGAGGCGGCGACGUAUUUGACCCGAGCGGAUGCCGAGCUCAAGUGUGCCAUUGCGAAGGAGGCGCAAGGAGCAGUGAGCGCCGCCAUUUGUGGAUACAGGGCGGCGGUGGAAAUACUCAUCACAGGAGUGAAGGACGAUCCGGAUCCAGCGCGAAAAGAGGCCGUCGUUCGUAGGAUCGCUCAGUAUCUGGAACAUGCCGAGAAGCUGCUGGAAGGACACGACUCGCCCACACAUGCGCCGGACCUGAAAGGAACACACCUUGUAAAAACAAAUAUAGAAGACGUAUCUCCAAAUUCUCAGGACUGACAUUUGAAAAACCAAGAAAAAAAAAAACAUGGUGGACACUGGCUGGUUUGGACCAAAACGUUGACGAGUACACUGUAAAGUUUGUUUUCGUGUUAUAUAUGCGUGAAUGUAAUUUGCACUGAUUUCUUUAUAAAUACUAUUUGGAA